UUACUAAAUUUCGAAAAACACAAACUAGUAUGAGCUUUACCUCUUCUUAUCUCCUCCAACCCAGCCGCUUAAGAGUGGUCGGAGCUAGAUCUCCGGUGGACCGUCGCCGGAGAUCGCUUGAGAGGGUGAAUAAAGAACUCUCGAGAGGCAAUUACGAAACUGCUCUCUCUCUCGUCAAACAACUCAAGGGCAAACAUGGCUGCCUCACAGCUUUCGGCUCUGCUAAACUGCUUCCAAAGAAAUUAGAUAUGAGUAGCAAAACACAUCUCCGGUCGUUGAUUGAUUCGGUCUCAAGAAGCAUUGAAUCUGUUUAUGUUGAAGAUUCAGUGAGAAUAUCUAAAGAGGAAGAAACAAAAACUUCACCUGAAGAAGAUUGGUUCGCUGUUGUUCAGCAUGAAUCUGGUCAUUUUCUGGUUGGUUACUUGCUUGGAGUUCUUCCAAGACACUAUCAAGUGCCAACAUUGGAAGCUGUUAGGCAGAAUAUGUCCAGUGUGACCGGGAGAGUAGAAUUUGUGGGCUUCGAGUUCCUCAAACAAGUCGGUGCUGCAAACCAGCUAAUGAAAGAUGAUAUGGACGGCCGAAUGAAUCUAUCGGUAUCUGAUACUCAAGGCAAUAUCUCAUCCAAGACACUAAACAACUUUUCAUGUGUGAUACUUGGAGGAAUGGUAGCCGAACAUUUACUAUUCGGAUACUCAGAAGGUUUCUACUCAGAUGUUGUCAAGUUAAACGAUGUUCUAAGAUGGUUAGGAUUUACAGAAACAGAAAAGGAGUCUCAUAUCAAAUGGGCUGUUUCAAACACUGUCUACAUAUUACAUUCUUACAGAGAAGCAAGAGUUGCACUUGCAGAAGCCAUGGCUAAAGCCAGACCUAUUGGUUCUUGUAUCGAAGCAAUUGAAUCUGCUUCCACAUUUUGAUCUUCUUAAUGAAGUAAAAUAAGUAUCAUUCAAACCAUAAUCAUUACUCAAUUUGCAAACACAUUUUUAAAAGUAAUAUGAAAUCUCAAAACUGUUGGGAGAA